AUGCCGCCCAUGCCCGGCUGGAGGAGCCGCUGCCCGCAGAGCGCUGCCGAGCCCGCCGCCUGCCCGUUCUGGGCGAUGCUGGGGCUCCUGGCCCGGGAGCCCGGCAUGGGGUGGCUGGCGGAGCGUCUCUCCGAGCGGGCGGCCCCGCGCUCGCCGCCCGCCUCGAGCCGCAGCAGGCGCGGUGGCCGCUGGGCAGCCGCAAGCAGUGUCCGCACAAGCCCAGGUCCCCGUGCGGCCGCGGGCCCGGCCAGGACGCGGAGCCGCAGGGAGCAGUGGUGCUGGCUCGCAGCUAGGGGAGACGCCGGAGCGGCCCUGACGGCAGCCGCCGCGGAACAGGCGUUAGGAGGCGGGCUCGAGGGUAGAUGUAUUUCUGGACCUCAUAUAGGAGAUGGACCUAGCCUUGUCUCUGAGCAGCAUAUGUUGGGCCCUUGGCCCUGGAAGGCCUUGGACUUGUUGGAGCGUUCAGGAGAUGCCAGAAUUUGGCAAGCCUACCAUGCAGGCCUGAUGCACUUUUUUCUCUUUAGAGAAGAGAUGGGAUUGCCUGCAGUUUGGCCAGUUCCAAAGGAUCAAAUCAGAGGGUUUGUGGUGGCUAUGGAAUUACAAGGCUUGUCUUCACCGAAAAUACUGAUGUACUUGGCAGCACUCUCCUAUAUUUCCAAAAUCACAGGUUACCCUGAUCCUCUUCAAGAUUUUAUAACAUUUCAUAUAGUGACAGGGUUGCAGUGGAGGGAAGGUAAUGAAAGAUAUUGCAGAUCUCAUGUAACCAUUGAGGUGUUGCGAUCUCUCUUGGGCACAGUACAAUCUGUGUGUGGCUCUCUUUAUGAAAGUUUGUUGUUCCGUGCCUUGUUUACUGUGGCUUUUUUUGGGGCUCUUCGGGUGGAAGAGAUGGUAGCAGAGCACCACAACUGGGCACAGCCAGAGCUCCUGUACAUGAGUGAUGUCCAUCUGACUGAGGAAAGAGUGAACAUUUACCUGCAUACAUCCUACCUGGGCCAAGAAAGGUUUUUGAUCUCUCUUCGAUUAUCUAGAGAGACAUGGGUAUGCCCUGUUGAGGCACUGUGCAAUUAUGUGGCAGCCAGGCCACGAGGGGAUGGGCCUCUCUUUGUACACUGGGAUGGCACACCAUUGACAAGGAGACAGUUCUUGGCUGUCUUCCGUUCUGCUUUAAGAUUACUUGGCCUUCGUCCAGAGCAAUAUGGUGUACAUUCUUUCUGGCUGGGAGCUGUUGUGACUGCUGUACGCUAUAGAUGUUCUGAAGAAACUAUUUUGUGCCUGGGCAGGUGGCAAGGUAUCCACUCAAAGAGGAGACAGAAGUAGUCAACCACAGAAGCCAAAAGAAUAGCUAAUGUUAUCUGGUCUAUUCCUCUUGCUGGUGCAGUAUUGUUUCCUAUAGUGUGUGAUCUAGUGCUCUGAUGCAUAAACUUCAAAGUAAUGGAGCAACAUUUUCAGAGAACAUUCUAGUUAAUUGACUUUUCUGAAGUUUGCAGUGUGCUGCCCUCUGCAUUUGUUUGUAAGCUGUAUCUGUUGGGGAUUGGACUUCCAUGUCUCUUUGCAAAAUUAACUUGCAAGAAUUGCUUACCUAGUAAGGACUUCAUGAUCAAUAAACUUGCAGUGCAGUCUCUUUUCAAACUUGUCUGGCCUUCAUUGUGACAAGUCAACAAAUUGUUUCUAUGCCACAUCUCAGCAGCAAAUAAACUAAGUCUUGCAGCCUUAUUGCUGUUAGACUCAAUGGUAUAUUUACUUGGGACGUGAGGACAAACAAUCUUGUAUGUGGGGAUUGUAAGCAGUAUAUUGCUAAACUGAAACUUUCUAAAUAUAACUUUAGGCAAAGUGUACAACUGUUAGAUCAAUUAUACAAAUUAUAGAUAAUUCAUUGAACAUAUCUCGUUCUUGCAAAUUAAAGGGGAAAUUCAGAACACUAGUUUAAAUAAAAGGAUGGCAUAAAAAUGGAACUUGCUGUCACUAGAACUCAUUGAGGGCAAGAACUUAACAUGAUUCUAGAAGGAAUUAACUAUCUAUAUGGAUAUCCAAAGUACAUAAUUGACUACAGACUAUUUUAGCAACCCCUCCAAUAUCAGCUAAUAUCAGUCUGAGACCUAGAUGGGGUAAAUAUAAUAACUCACCAAAUUCUACCAAAGCUUGCUGAUGGUCACUGUGAUGGUGUACCCCAUGAGGCUUUAUGGAACUGUCAUAUAUACCUUCAUAAGCAUAACUGGAAUAUGUCUUAUA